AUGAGAAUGACUAAGACACCUGAAUACUCAAGAAUGUCCCUAAGGCUUGGAACUCAAUGUCUAGUUGUUGGAUCAUCAUCAUCUGCUGCUAUAGAAAUCCUCAAAACCCAUGAUAGAAUUCUAUCAGGGAGACAUGUUCCAAAUGCUAUUCCAGCAAAAAGAUCAGAUCUUGACAAGAUUCCAAUGGGAUGGACUUCUGAAUGUCACAAUGAAUGGAGAUACUUGAGGACUUUAUGCAGAACUGAGCUUUUUUCAGGCAAAGUAUUAGAGUCUCAAGCUUAUAUGAGGGAGAAAAAAGUGAUGGAAUUGGUAGAAUUCUUGAGGUCAAAAGAAGGUCAAGUAGUGAAUAUUGGAGAGCUAGUCUUUGCAACUGUUUUGAACAUGUUGAGUAUUGUUCUAAUAUGUAAAGAUAUGGUUAAUUUUGAGAAAGAAAUAGAAGAUGGUGGGAUUAAAAAUCUAAUAAGGGGAUUAAUGGAAGUAGUCUCAGCUCCAAAUGUAGCUGAUUUUUAUCCAGUUUUAGGUAAAUUAGAUCUUUAA